GAGCGAAGGCCUAAUAGAGGAGAGAACAGGCGGCGCAUGCGCAGAGACCCUGAUGCGGCUUUGAGUGCGAAGGAGUUUGGCGGCUGGGCUCGCUGCGACAGGAGAGCAGGAGGCCGUUGGCAUCGCGGAGGGCACAGUUCAACACAACGCUGCCUUCGGGAUGUGGUACGAGAUCUUGCCUGGUUUGGGCAUCAUGUACAUCUGCUUGAACAUCCCUGGCCUGUCCACCACCUACAUCCAGAGAUACAUAAAUGGGGGCAAAGAGAAGAGGUGUGCGCGUAACAUCUAUCAAUGGCACCUGAUGGAAAGAGACAGGCGUGUCUCUGGAACCAAUCGCUACUAUGACUCCAAGGGUUUGGAGAACAUUAAAUAAAACCAUGGACCCAUGACUUCUAUUAUCUGUUGAAGCCAGUCUAAUAAACGUGUAUUUGACAAAGUG